AAUAUUUAGAUAUCGUAUUGUUUGUUUCUAUCGAGAAUUUGUUUGCUGCAAAAGCCGAAAUGAAUUUGGAAUUAUUGGAAUCGUUUGGACAGAAUUAUCCUGAAGAAUUUGAUGGUUCGCUCGAUUGUAUAUCGUUGGCGGUGACAUGUUCGUUCAAUAAAUACGGCACACUAUUGGCUGUUGGUUGCAACGAUGGUCGAAUUGUUGUUUGGGAUUUUCUAACGCGUGGAAUUGCAAAAAUCAUAUCGGCACAUGUGCAUCCUGUUUGCAGUAUAGGCUGGUCUCGGAAUGGGCACAAACUAAUUUCAGCAUCAACCGACAAUAAUGUGUGUAUUUGGGACAUUUUGUCUGGUGAUUGUGAGCAAAAAUUUCGAUUUCCAUCGCCCGUUCUGAAAGUACAAUUCGAUCCGAGAAACGAUCAACGAUGUCUUGUUUGUCCGAUGCGUUAUGCCGCCGUUUUAGUCGACAUCAAUGGAACGCAUAAAUGCUUACCGUACGACAGUGAUGGAGAUUUGAAUAUAAUUGCAUCAUUCGAUCGGCGCGGAAAAUACAUUUAUACGGGAAAUGCGAAAGGAAAGAUUUUGGUAUUAAAUUCACAUACAUUGAAAAUUGAGGCGAGCUUUAAAAUCGUUGUGGGUACAUCGAGUGCAACAGCAGUUAAAAGUAUUGAAUUUGCCCGGCGAAGCGAUUCAUUUCUAAUAAACACAUCGGAUCGUAUAAUUCGUGUGUAUGAUGCAAAAGAGGUGAUUGCAUGUGGCAGAGAUGGUGAACCGGAGCCGAUACAAAAAUUACAAGAUUUGGUCAACAAAACGACUUGGAAGAAGUGUUGUUUUUCGGGCGACGGUGAAUAUGUGUGCGCCGGCAGUGCACGACAACAUGCGUUAUAUGUGUGGGAAAAAUCGGUUGGAAAUUUAGUGAAAAUUUUGCAUGGUACAAAAGGUGAAUUAUUGCUUGAUGUUGUGUGGCAUCCGGUGCGACCGAUAAUAACAAGUAUUAGUUCGGGUUUGGUAUCGAUUUGGGCACAAAAUCAAGUAGAAAAUUGGUCAGCAUUUGCGCCCGAUUUUAAAGAGCUCGAUGAAAAUGUGGAAUACGAAGAGCGUGAAUCUGAAUUUGAUAUUGAAGAUGAAGAUAAGUCGGUUGAUUUAUCGGCCGAAGCAAAACAAGACGAAGAAAUUGAAGUGGAUGUUGUGAAAGUUGAUCCGAUCGCUGCAUUUUGCAGUUCUGACGAAGAAUACGAAGAAGAUGCGGGUCUACAAUUUUUACCAAUGGCACCCGAAGUUGAAGAUCCGGAAGAUGGUUGGAAUCAAGAAAAUGCAAAUGGUCAAGAGAAAAAUACAUCUAAAGACGCCGAUGAACCCAUGGACACCGACGAUUUAUCAUCACAGAGUGGUAUUCGCAAAAAAGUCACUACAUACGAUAUCUCAUUAGAAGCACCACCAAAAGAUGAAAUCCAUCCGCUGCUAUUAAGUCGAAGUAAUAAAGACAAGCAAGGACAAAUGGCAAAGAAAGCGGCCGGACGACCACGAAAGUAGCACAUUUCCAAAAUUUAUAAUUAAGCAGUGAAUGAAACGCUUCGGAGGGAAGAAAAUGGUUUGAUUGAAUUUUUUUCCGAGUAAUUGAAUAAAUUACAGCCUCAAAUAUUACAAAACAAAUGAGAAAAUAAACUGUUC